CAUUGGGUGCCUCCAAUGGCAGCAAGCACUAGCUGGAUUUGGCAGCUCCUGAGCCUGCACUAUAAAAGCAAGUAGAGGUAGCUUGCUGCUUCAUUCUGAGCUCAGGCAGCUGCUUAGAGAAAGAAAAGGAAGGGAGACAGUCGAGCAGGCAGAGAGAUCCUAGUGUGUGUUUUCGGUACCCUGGAAGUCGGGCUGUCUCCCAGCAUGAAAGCUUUCAGUCCUGUGAGAUCCGUCAGGAAAAACAGCCUCUCUGAACACACCCUGGGAAUAUCCCGGAGCAAAACCCCCAUGGAUGAUCCUAUGAGUUUGCUUUACAACAUGAACGACUGCUACUCCAAACUGAAAGAGCUAGUGCCCAGCAUCCCUCAGAACAAGAAAGUGAGCAAGAUGGAAAUCCUGCAGCACGUUAUUGACUACAUCCUGGACCUGCAAAUUGCUUUAGACUCACACCCCAGUAUUGUCAGCCUCCAUCACCAGAGACCAGGACCAAAUCCUUCCUCCAGAACUCCUCUGACUACCUUAAACACAGACAUCAGCAUCUUGUCAUUACAGGCAUCUGAAUUCCCUUCAGAAUUAAUGUCAAAUGACAGCAAAGCACUUUGUGGCUAAAUUCAAUGGUGUUUGCUGACUUCUUUUCCCCACAAGAAAAUGUCUACAGGAUUUUCUUUUAUUUUUUUUUCGAGGUGCUGAACUUAUUUUUCAGCUGUUGCUGGAGGGGGAAUCUACAUCUAAUUAAAUGGACCUUUUAAAACUAAGACAGAAGAAAGAAACUGAGAUCUCUCUCCACCCCCUCAACUUGGACUGAUCUUAGCUAUUUAUGAAGAGACUUUUAAAUGCCCUUUCCCUAGUCGGAAGGUGUCCUUUAUAUACUAUUCCCAGCAUGGGGAGUGAAACAUAAACUCACAAGGAAUUGCCCAUUUUCAAGCAGACUUUGCCUUUUUUUCCAAAGGUGGAGCGUGAGUACCAGAAGGAUCCAGUGUUCAGUUUCUUAGGGAAGUCCAUGGUCAGAAAUGACCUUUUGACGCAAGCCUAGGAUUGAAUGCUGUGUAUAUAUUUAUAUAUAAAUAUAUAUAUAUAUAUAUAUGAGAGUGAAACCUUGUGAACUCUUUAAUCAGAGUUUUCUUGUAUAGUGGCAGAAAUGUACAUUUCUGCAAAAAGUGUAAUGAUGUACUUAAUCAUGCUAAACUUUUUAUAAAAGUUUAGUUGUAAACUUAACCUUUUUUAUACAAAAUAAAUCAAGUGUGUUUAUUGAA